UGUGUCAUGUGCAGCCAGGAGUGGAGUCCAUGGAGAUGCGUGGACUGCGUGGGCCGGCCAAGCCUGUGCACCGAUUGCUGUCUGAGUCGGCACAGUGCCGAAUAUCUUCACCACCUGGAGCGGACAGGUUAUUUCAAGGCCAGCUCACUACUUGCCGCUGGUCUGCGCAUCAACCUUGGGCAUGGGAACUGGCGGUGUCCAAUUGAAGAUGAUGCUUCGCUGCAGAAGCUGACGGUGGUUGAUAUCACUGGCGUCCAUUCAGUCUGCGCCGCCAUGUGCAAAUGCCAAGGGGCGGAUCCGGAGGCCUUCCAGCUGCUCUCGAUGGGUCUAUAUCCUGGAUCUUUCAUCCGCCCUCGAACUUGCUUCACGUUCCGCGUCUUGGACGAUUUCCUGCUGGCCAACAAAGUUUCUGGAAUGGCAGCUCAGAGCUACUUCGAACGGUUGCGUCGCCUAUCCAAUGCCGCCUUUCCUCAGCGAGUGCCGGAUCGCUAUCGCGAGCUUCUCCGCUGCAGCCGACAGUGGCGCAAUCUCAAAUAUCGCAAAUGGCGUGGGUAUGGGCAUACAGAAGAAGAACUUGGACCGGGAAGACUGGCACUGAGCUGCGUAGCCUGCCCUCACCCCGGCGUCAAUCUCGAAGCAGACUGGGAAAGAGACGUUGAUUCCUGGAAGCAUAUGGCGUCGUUUGUCAUGGACGGCAAUUUCAGCGCGGAGCAUUUGAAGAUGCGUCGACCAGCGGACGACAUCCCACUCGCGGAUGGGCAAGGGUUUAUGGUCACCGAUGGGCGGUAUAAGGAGCACCUCAAAGCGGCGGUGGACGUGCGCGAGAAAUCAAACUGCCACGCUCACCGAGCCGUCAAUCAGGCAAACGCCGAUCGCCACGAUAUGGAAGCUACGGGCAUUGGCGCCGUCGCCUGUGGAAGACACGGCUGUUUCAUCCCGCAUUCCGUAGUCGAUUUUCAGAAAGGCGAAAGGCAGAUGAAUAUGGACUACGCGCUCUCACAAGCGAUGCAGCAUCAUGACGGACUCAAGCGUUUCCUGGUCAUGUACGAUGUCUCCUGUCAAUACAGCAAGAAAGUGAAGGGCCGGUUCAAGAGCAGCCCGCGAUUCCUGAAAUGGCCAUCCGCGACAAUCGACUGGGGAAUUGGCAAAUUCCACGUCCACGGGCAUCAGCGGGAUUGCCUGGUGAAGUAUUCGCCAAGCUUCAUUCCAGGAGCAGGCCUAGUCGAUGGCGAGGUCAUAGAGACGUUGUGGGCUCCUCUGAACCGGAUUUUAGGCAGCACCCGAGCGAUGUCGACGUCCCAUCGGAAGGAGGUGAUAGACGACCAUAUGAACGAUUCAAACUGGCGGAAGACGACUGGCAUGGUCAAGAUGCUAUCAAAGCGAUUCUUACAGGCGGUAAAGGAAUUGGCACGGAGCAAGGAGACGCUCAAUCAUAUGGAGCUCUCGAGCAGUCCCGAGCACCUGGCCGAAUGGAAGCGGCUGGAGGCAAAAGCGCGCGCGGAGAGGCGUGACGAUUUGAGCGUCAUGGAGCCAUACGAGGUUAUGCGAACCAAAGCACCCGGAAAAAGAGACAUUCAGCUUCUCUUAGAGCAGGAAGAAGGAAGGACGAAGACGAAUGCUGGCCUCGCAUCCUGGCUGGCGGAGGGUUUGGCUCUCCAGGAGCAGCAACUGACCGUUGCUGCAUUGGCGAGGCGCGUCAAUAGCGACUCGCUUCUCACGGCGCAGUUGCAAUUAGUCAACAAGCGAAACAGGCUGCAGCGUGCCAUCGACAGUUUUGCCAAGCAGGCCUCCAGCUUCUGGAAAGACGGUGUGGACUCUGACAACGAUGACGAAGAGACGGACGAUGAAGAAGAGCGAGCCUAUGCUGGUGAUGACUGGGAAGACGUGGAUGAGGAUCCGGAUGUGACGGAUGACUUGGUAGUCCUGGAGGAUCCAGACGAUGAGACGCAGCCAGAGAGCAUUCCGCUGCGGCUGCCCUCGACCAUUGGGCACGAGAAAUUGGCAACGAUGAACAAGCGGCGACUUGGCGAGCAGGAGCUCCGCCUCCGUGAAGGGCAAGCCAACGACGCUCUGCACAGGCUUCGCAUGGCAAUUGGCCUCAAAUCGAUGGUCUAUGUAACCCAGGUGCGGCCGGCCAACAGCCAGCGGACGCAAACACGUGCAUUCAAGGAAGCCCAGAAUGUGGAGAAGGUUAUCCUUGAGUGCUCACGGGUCUUCACACUUGCUCGCAGGAACAUGAUACCGCUUACGCUGCCCCCACUGAUGAGAAAAUACAGGCCAUUGCACAAGGAGGAUUUGAAUGCAGCAACACAUCUCGUCGAUCACACGGAGCGCAACGCGAGUAAGAAAGAGCUGUCGUGGAUAUGGUCGGUCGACGUCGGAGGAGACACUGAGAAUUCAGAGUGGCUUGCAGAACUUCAUCGCGUCAACUGGUUGCGGGAAAAGGCGAGGCACGACAGAUGGGAUGAGCAAGUGUCGUUCAUCAGAACUUCUCUGAUUUCGGUUAAGGGCUGUGACGGGCCGUAACGGUUGCUAAAAUUCCGAUUUUACAUAGUGUCAGCGUAUCACUCGUUAGCAAGACCUGUCGCAUUUUAGAAG